CGUAUCCCCACCCGCCGACCGCGGCUUGUGAUUUCGCCAACCAGAAGAGCUUGAACCGGGCCUGGGCACUCGCCACAGCCUAUUUGGCGUGGGAUAUCCGCCCUGGUGAGUGUGUCUCCUGGUCAGCUGCUCAUGCCGGCCUGACUUGCAAGCACUCCAGAUGUGUCCACUGGCGCUAUAGAAGCUGCACUACGACCUCUUGCGGCCCGGCUUCCGUGCAAAUUGUGUAGGCAGGCGCUGGAUGAGCGAAUAAAGAGCGUCGUCACUCAGUGGUCUGUCGUCAAGCGUACGAUAUAAGAGGGGAUGUCGGUGCUACUCGAAGUGUAUCGGUGCUGGACACAAUAUCUGUAUUCAUUCCGGAAUCACACUCAUGCAAUAUGAAAAUGUACCAGUAGUCAGGCGAUAUGUAGUUCGUCGAUAAUUUUGAAUUUCUCCGCAC